AUGGUUUCUAAUAAUGGAUCAAAUUUUUCAAAUGGAGUUUUCAUUUUUGAAGUUGAAGAAUUCAAAAUUUUUAUAAUAAACAAUAUUUUAUACUAUCAGAAUAAGGAAAAAUAAAAUGGUUGCCUUUAUUUUUUGAUCCAAAAUUUUAUUAAUUAAAUAAUUAAUAUCAGGGAUUCAGAUUUCAUUUAGAAGUAGUGGAGGUGCGAUAUCAAUUUAAAAUGUUGGAUUAAGGAUGAAAAAUUGUAAAAUUUUAUCUAAUUAUGCAAAUAAAUUCGGAGGAGGAUUGUAUUUGUAACAAAAAGACUCUGA